UUAAAGGAAUAUAUGCCCGGUCAAAGACAACCGGUCCGUCUGCAUUGAGACGGAUUCAGACGUUGGAAAAGCACUGAAUGCACCGAAAGAAACGAGAAUCUCACCUUCAAAAUAAUAUGACAGCGAGUAUAUGAAGUGGCUGUAAAAUCAAACAGUAAAUAACCGUGUCAGAGACAACAAUGUUUUUCAAAAUACCUCUUGGAAAUGAGGCUGUGUUAUUUUUUACUGGUCCUUCAAUAUGUUGUGUUCUACAUUUGACUAGGGGUGCAGAUCCUAUAUUACAGUACGGAAGUAACCGCAAUUUUGUUUAAAUAAUAUAACAUUCCUGUUUUUCGUAUUCAUUAUAUAUACUAAAUAAUGCUGUGGGAAAGUAAAUUACUUAAAUCUAAAAAUCCAUGCAAAGAAACAUAAAUGAGUUUACGCAGGUUUUCGGCUUUUGUUUUGAAAUUAGAAAUUCCGGACGUAGGUGUCUCUCGCGGCUGACACAGGUGAGUUUAACGAGGAGAUGAUUACUGAUUACUGAUGAGUCGAGUCAAUUCCGAGGACACGCUCACUCGCUUUAAAAAAAAUCAAUCAACACGAAAACAACAACCUCAACGGCCCUAAAGAAAACCGUCUCAUUUUAUUGAAUAUUCAGCUCACUUUGCUGAUCAUGAGGGGAGAAACGAACACGGAUAACGAGCUGGAGUCGGAGGACCAGGGAGCGACUGCAGCCGGGGGCAGACGACCUAGUGUUGACGCGUUGCAAAAUAUCCUGAAGAGAGUCUCCAAGAGCCCUUUCCAAAACCAGUACCAGAAUCUUGUUUCAUCGAGCUCAGAUUCUGGCGGAUCGUCUGUGAACGAGUCUCAAAGCAAACAGUUUAUGUCACAGACCGGUGAGCUCCUCACGGAUGCCGCUGCCUCCGGUGUGACGGACAGCCACCAGCCACACAGAGGACAGAAUGGCGUUAAUAGGGACCUGGCCAGGAUUAACCCUUUUUAUACAAACAAUUUGGAAUCCUGCGGGGAAGGUGCUGCAAUGGAGGACGUUGGGAGGAGGUCUUCAGAGGACGUAAAACGUGAUACCAUCUUUGUCCCUUGGCCUGAUUUUCAAAGUUCACCUCUAGAUCGUCAGCCUGAAAUGGCAACUGUGGAAAAGGGUGCUGAAUUCUCCGAACUUCCAAAGGACUCAUUUGAGACCUUUACCCUCAACCGUAUGCAAGAUCUCUUGCAGGCACCACCAUUAGCCACGAAGAAGCCUCCCAGUGACUCACCAGACUUAUUUGGGCCAAUCCCUGCUCAACCACAGAAUCUUUCUAGAACCUUUCCAUUGGAAAGCGCUGACCUGCUCCAAGAGGAAGGGGUCAAUCUUUUCCAGGCCACCAAAGAAGAGGUUGCUGUUGGUACCAGGAAGCUCGAUCUGUUUGACAAAUCUAUGAUUUUUGUUGACUCAUUCAAAUCUCCUUUAAACAAGGAGGAUGAACUCUUCAAGUCUUCAGAGCAAAAGGCGGCAAACCCGUUCUAUACCGCCCCGCCCAGGGAUGCAAAUGUGUCUCCAGCAAUUCCAGGUGGGGAAAUGUCCAGCAUCAGUGAGGACAAGCGAGAUCCCUUCAUGAAAGAAGACAUUUUUGGCAUGUUUUCUUUUAAGGAUACUUUUUCAUCUUCAUCCACAAAUACGGUCGAUCCAUUCCCAAGCCCGCUCUCGAGGGAUUUAUUCCAAGACGUUUCCAGUUUGGACGACCCGUUUGGUACCACCCCCUCGAGUCACUUCGUGCCUUUCCAGGAUCUUUCACCUGAGACUCCUGACAUCUUCAAACCGCUUCCCUUAAAGCCCAACGGCAGGGAUGUCUUCGGGAUGAUCCCCAGCAAUACUGUCCCGAAGCCCACCUACUCGACACCUUUAGGAAACAGCCCGUUCGAAAUGAAGCCCGACACGCUGUCGGCGCUAGAGUUCUUGGAGGAUUCACAAUCUACCCCGGCCAUCGAAGCAAAGUUCGCCGACAGGCCGCACAAUAUUCUCCUGACGACUCCUCAGGGAACCGAGCAUGAUAUUCUUAAGCGGUCUCCCUUCACUCGGGCCAGAAAUCGGCCCGUGGUACGCAGCCAAUCUUCAGCUGAAAUGACUCACGUGCAGACUAUGAAACGUCCACCCAAGCCGCUUCCUCGAAGUGGACUACCAAGAACAGAAAACCCUAUUGAACCUGACUCAACGGCACCAAAAGUCCCUCCGAAACCAUCCUUCAGACCGGCCCUACGGUCAAUUAGUCCACCCAAACCCCGAACGCCGGACACUAAACUAAUGGACUCUGAGGAUCCUUAUGAGAGCAUCUUGCUGACUGGACAGGAAAGGUGUGUGGAAGACUGGCCUGAUGACAGCCCCCAGCUCAACCCUGACUUCAAACCAGCUGGAAGUUUAAGACUACGACGAGACUCUUUCAAAUUGGAGGCGGUCUCUGAAGGGGGAAGUGGGGACGACCAGGAGGGUUCUGUGAAGAAAAAGGACAAAAAGUUCCGAAUGUCCCUACUUUCUAGAAAAGGGUCGAAGGAGAAGUUUCCCAAUGACUCAAAGGAGGGGAAGAGCAAGUCGCUACCAACCUCUCGUAAAUCAUCAAAGGAGUAUCUUUCAGAAGAGCAUGAAGAAAGGGAGCAGAAUGAGAUGGUCUCCAAAAACAAAUUUUUGAAGACCAGAGGCAGUAAGCUCAGAAGCGCGUCCUUUACUUCCUCCGUGCUCAUGGGAAAGCACGGCAAUGGACCUUUACCACAAGAAUCGCAGCAGGAACAUGACAUCUAUAAGAAAAACUCCAUUCACCAAUGGUCCGAGGGGAAGGUUUUGGAUGCCAGCCCUGGUGAGGAGGAGGAGGAGGAAGAAGAGAUGGCCAGCUAUGGAACCAAGAAAAAAAAGAAGCUGAAAAUCAGGUUUGUCCCAAAAAGGGGAUUCAGCAUCGUUGUAGAAAAGGGAGCAAGUGGAUACAAAGACUCAAAGGAUAAAUCACAAGAGGAAGAAGUUUUGGGUGCACACGGCUACACACCUCGUAAGAAGUCCCAGGAUGAUGUGUUUGAGGACGCAAGGGAGAGUCCUCACUGCCUUCCGUCAACAAGCAAGGCUGCGUUUCUGGAGGAUGAGCACUUCCAGGAAGCACACUACAUGUCCGGACCAAAUGGAGACGAUGAUCCUUAUGAAAUGGAGGACUGCAAACCUGUAAGAUUCCCCCCAAUCAAUCAGCCGCGUCUGCAAAGCUCAAAGGAGGACCUGCUGGACUACACCAAUCCCCAUACACAGAAGAGCAGCUUCUCGGCAGACGACUUAUACGACGAAGACUUGAUUGAGGACUGCAAACAGAAAGCAUCCAAACACAAAGGCCCCGUUCCCCUCCCACGCCACCCUAAGACGGGCAAAGGACAGAGUCGACCUCCGCAAGCAUCUGCUAACCACUUUGCUGGUGACAACUUUUACGAGACAUUUACGUAUGACGACGAGGACAAAAUCUGCAAACCGAAUAGGGAAUCCAAGGUUAAAGGUUUCAUGAAACCAAUGAGUAAGAACAAAGCCAGGGCCCCGGAGUGGGAAGAUCCACCAGGAGCCGCGUCUAGUGACUUCCUGUCAGAGGCCGCUGCGGCGGAGUGGCAUGCUGCUCAGAUGGAUGAGUAUACCUUAGAAGGACUGGAGGAGGAGUGCGAGGACGGGGACACUGACAGUUUGAUGGAGUGGUGGAACACUGUGGAACAAUGGGAUGAGGUGCCAUCAGACGACGAGAACGUCCUAAAAGAGGACGAGUCAAGGUCGUUCACCAUCUUGGCGGACAAGGUCCAUCGCGGCCUGCGGGUCUUCAACAAAGUCUUCACGGAGCGGGCUGAGGUCCUCUGGCAGUUUGUCAUUACACUGCACGCCAUCGCAGAUAACAUCAAUGAGUUCCACCAGAAGGCCAGGAUCGCUGGCAUCACUGGCGGCACCACCACAGCCGUUGGAGGGGUGGCCGCCAUUGCCGGUCUGGCUAUGGCGCCGUUUACGUUUGGCACCUCUCUCCUGGUCACCGCUGUUGGUGUCGGCGUGGCGACGGCGGGGGGCAUUGCCUCGGCCUCGGCAGCCAUCUCCGAUAAUGUCCACAACUUGCACGACCGGAAAAAGGUGGAGAUCGUCCUGCAGGAGUACGAGGCCCACCUGAAGACCAUCGCGAAGAUCCUCCACUUUGUCAACACGGGCAUGUACAAACUCCGCGGCCAUCCCUUCCUCAGGUCCGGCACGCGGCACUACUCCAAGGACUGGGAGACCCGAAGGGCUGUCCAGAUGAUCAGCCUGGUGGACUCGCCCGUGAUGAAGGGGACGCAGUUGACGGACGCGUCGCUCGCCUCCAUCCAAGGACUCUUCAAAGGCAUGGACAAGUACUUCCUCAAGGACUCAAAGGAGCUGAAGAAGGGUCACAAGAAAGAGGUGGUGAUGCAAAUAAAAGAGGUUGCAAAUGCGCUGAAUGACGGGAUAGUGCAGCUGAAUGCUAUCAGGGAGGAGCUACAAGAGGCUACUGGGAACACAUGCAUGAACCUGUUCAGAAGAGAGAAGGCGGCGCCGGCGGUUCCCCCCCGACCCAGCAAGGAGGACCUGGACAACCCCGUCGAGCACAGCCGGGACCAGGUCACCGCCGCCGCCGAGGUCACACGUGUGCUCGACCCGAAGCCAAAGAGGACGGGCGUGAUGGGAGUUAUGGACAAGGUCAACCCGUUCAAGUCAACCUCACAGACCCCAGUCGGCAGCGCCGCUGCCUCUGAGUCACCGGAGCAAGGAGUCGCUUCCUCAAAAACGAGCCCUGGUGGUCUGAUGGGGGUCAUGCAGAAGGUCAACCCCUUCAAGUCUUCCUCGCAGGAUGGAAAUCUGAAUGAACCAUUGUUCUUUACCGAGGCCCCGUCCCAAGUGAGCAGAGCUGCCUCCUCGGAGUCUCUAGAACACGGAGCCGCUGCCGCCACACAGAACCGCGGGAUGUUUAAAGGGAUGAUGCAGAAAGUGAACCCCUUUAGAUCCUACACACAGACGUCAGAAGAGGAAUGCCAGACGGACUCGGCGGCGCCCAGCCCAGCUUCCUCAUCGCUGCCGCAGGAAGACUCCUCCAGCUCUGACAGCGCGGAUGACAGCGCCAUAGAAAGACACACUGUUUGGUAUGACGGCCCGCCGACAAGAGCCCCGACCUUCAGAAUAAGGAGGAUUCUGCCCACAAACCUCUUUGGGUCUCGUGCAAAGGACUCAUCGUCUGACACUGGAGCAGCAGCUCAGGAAGUAGUGGAAGUUGAGACACUACAGAUGGCUGAAGAAAUGGACCUGGACCCUCUAGAUGAUGACGAAGGCCUCGUGGGCUGGUGGAGAACCGUAGACGGGUGGGACGACUGGAACGAGGGCAAGCAGAGCGACGAACCCGAGGAGCUGGUGGAGCAAGCAGCCGAUCGCGUCUUCAUGGCCGCGCGCCUCUUCGUUCGCUUUUUCAACCGGCGCGGCGCCUCGCUGCAGCAGCGCAUCCUGGAGCUGAUGUCCGUGGCCGACGCGGCGGACGCUUUCCACAAGAAAACGGUCAAGGCGAGCGUCGGCGGCGGGGUGGCGAGCGUCGCCGGCUCCGUCACCACCAUCACCGGCCUCAUUCUGGCUCCGUUCACCGCGGGGGCGUCGCUCAUCGUCACGGCCGUCGGUAUCGGCGUGGCAACCGCAGGCGGCGUGGCUUCCGCUUCGGCCAACAUCACCGACACGGUCCACUCGAAGACGGACCGCAAGAAGGUGGAGAAGAUCAUCCAGGACUACGAGGGCCAGAUGAAGGACAUCAGGGAGUGCCUGGAGUUUUUGCAGGAAGGGAUGGAGCUGCUCGAGGAGUGGAACUUUGAAGAGUACGCAGAGAACAUCUCCAAGAAGCACCUCAACCAGAACGUCAAACACGUGAUGAAGGAGGGCGGCCGCGCCGGCAAGGCUCUGGUGAUCAACACCGAGAGCCUGAUCAACACCGUCCAGGUCCUCAGCGCGGCGGGGGGGGCCGCCAAAGCCGCCCAGGUGAUGAGCGUCACCACCGGAGUCAUGUCCGGUCUCUUCCUGGCCCUGGACCUCUUUUUCCUGGCAAAAGACGCCAAGGAGCUCAAAGACGGAGCCAAGACGGAGUUCGCCGCCAAGAUCCGAGAAGUCUGCCAGGAGCUGCAGGACGGGCUGCUGGAGCUGAACCGCAUCAAGGAGCAGCUGCAGAGGACUAUAGACGGCAUCGAGGUGGUGGUGGAGGAGGAGGAGGAUGUGGAGAUUUUGAAGUCCGACCUGAAAAAACUUGUGGAGUUUGAAUAAUGGGCAGCGAUUAGAAAUUAAAGUUUUAUUUAUUAUACAUAGUUUUAACGGGGGGUGUGUACAUUAGGUUUGUGCCAGGUUGAAUGACAUUCUUCACAAUUAAAAAAAACGUUAAUAUGUAAUAGUCAGUCUCAGUACGUAAUAAAAUGCUUGAGGGGUUUUAAAUAAAUGAAAGGUGCUCACUGAUGCAUAAAGGGCAAAGAAUGGGACGCUCGUACCUCUCCCUCAACAAGGUCUGACGCAAUGCUCCUUAAAUGAGUCUCUGUCAUCAUGGACAGCGAGAACAACAUACCAAGCCAUAUAAGGUGUGUCCCCAUUCUCUUAACUGGGACGGAUCAGCACGGCUAACAAGUUAUCAUCUGUUACAAUGGGGGCAAUACAGAAAAAAUACAUGUAUAGCUGACCGUGGCUCCUCCAUAGUAUGUCUACUUACACACCCAGUAAAACCUCAGAGUUAAAAU